GUAAGCAAGAAAACGUUAGCUCGUGGCCGCGUAGAGCUCGACGCGCCGCCAUGUUUUAAGCCCCCUGCGCACCCUGUGGCUCUUCACUGAGUCUGAACAAACCGAGCUCUCGCAUGAAGAGCUUCGAGUUGCCAAAAUUUCGGCGGCGCGAGAGGCGGUCCACCAAGCACCAGGGGCUUGCGGCGGCACCGACAGACGCAAGAACGAGAAUCUGAUUUCGAAGCCUGCGAUGGCGGCUCCCAAGGUUUCCACCAGAAGGACCGUUCUACGGAUCGCGGUCGCCCUGGCCAUCGCGACCUACCAGGCGGUCGUCUGCGCCGACGGAGUGAAGCCACAUCAACCCAAAAUCAUCGAGAAGAUCAUGGGACCCAUCGUGCGCGAGGUGGAGCUCUCUCAGCUGGGCGGACCAGCGAAGCGGUCCUUCCGAGACGACCGCAGUGAGGUGAUGAACAAGCUCAAGAUGGAACCUAUCAUUGAACCCCUCGUCGUCGAGGGCUUCGGUCUGCCUGCCGUGGCCGAGAAAGGAGCCGGCGGUACGGAGAAAGUCAAGGAGCAGGACGGCGGCCAUAAUAGCGCCGGCGGCCACGAAACGAAUGCCGAGUCGAAGAAAGUCAACAGCGUUCCCUCCUCUUCUUCGGGCCUCGCCGAGCCCCCGUCUCCUCCCUCGCGUUUCGGCGGAGAUCCCCGUCACGUGGAUCUGAUGCAGUACUUCUGGAACAAAUUCAUGGCCACGCCACCCGAGCCACUGCCUCAGAAGCCGGUCGUCGGCAGGAACGAGGACGGCGUCGUGAGGACAGGGCUGCAGAAGAAAGAGGGAAGCAACGCUACUGUGAGCAAGCCUGAGCAAGAGGUCCUCCGCAUUUUCGUGAAGACCGUCUCCAAGACGAAUGCCACGGAAGCCGCUAGAGGUGGCCUGCUGUCACGACUGUCCCCUGGGAUGAAGCCGUUUCCGGAUCUUCCACGAAACCGCAGUGCAUACUCGGUUGUCGAAGCGUUUCCCGCACAAUCGCCAGCUGCUGUCGAGAGUGUCCUCAUCGAGAGAAUCGAGAGACUCGAGCUCAACUUCAGUAGAGCCUUCACCGUGAUGAUCCUUGUGAUGCUGCUCAUGCCCGUUGCCUGCAGCAUAUCCUGCUCACUCGACCGCACCCGGAGCUCCGCGCUGAAGAACCGCGGUCGCAGCGCGCAUACGCCUUCGGUGUGGGCGACCAAGAGUGGGAAGCUACUGCGCCUGCGCGGUGCAUCGGAGGACGUGUCCAAGCAGCUGCCCGUGACACGCAUCACGGGUCCGUGGCGGGCCUAGAGGAGAACCCGGAGAUGGCGAGUCGAAUUCUUCGGGGAUGUGCGAUUUCGUUUGACAGAGCAGAUGACUCAAACACUCAGUAGCUUUCUCUUGAUGAAGAUAGAAUUGGUGACACGCCGGCAAGAAAGUGGUACAAAAUAAAAUUCUGG